UUGCUUCAACCCAAGUACGAUGGCUUCUUCUUCGUUUUCUCCUACUCAAGAAAAGUUCGAUGUUUUUCUUAGUUUUAGAGGUGAGGACACUCGCAAUGGUUUUAUCAGCCACCUCAAUGCUGCUUUGUGUCGAAGAAAGAUUAAAACUUUCAUCGACGAUGAACUUAAAAGAGGCGAUGAAAUUUCACCCUUUCUUUUGUAUGCAAUUGAAGGAUCAAAGAUUUCAAUUGUCAUUUUCUCUAAAGACUAUGCUUCUUCUCGAUGGUGCCUCGAAGAACUCGUGAAGAUCAUGGAUUGCAGGAAGAUGCAUGGUCAGAUUGUGAUUCCAGUUUUCUAUCAUGUAAAUCCAUCGGAUAUAAGGAAGCAAACCGGGACUUAUGGAGAUGCAUUUGCUAACCAUGAAUACCGGCAGAGGGCAGAGAUGUUGCAGAUAUGGAGGAGUGCUUUGACGGACGCAGCCAAUCUAUCUGGCUUUCACUCAAAUGUCGUUAGGCCUGAAUCAAAACUUAUAGAGAAAAUUGUUGAAGAUAUUUUGAAGAGAUUGAAUAUUAUGUCUUCUAGUUAUAACAAGAACUUGGUUGGAAUUGCAAUGAAGAUUCAAGAAAUUAAAUUUUUAUUGUCUAUUGGGACGAAUGGAGUAUGCAAGGUAGGGAUUUGGGGUAUGGGUGGUAUAGGCAAGACAACUCUUGCAAAUGCAGUCUUCAACAAAAUAUCAAGGCAAUUUGAAGGUUCUUAUUUCAUUCGAAAUGUUAGGGAAGAAUCAGAGAAACGUGGACUAAUUCAAUUGCAAGAAAAAAUUCUUUCUACAAUAUUAGGGGAUGAACACCACAAUAUAUGGCAUGCUUCCACAAUAGAAAGGCUUCGAAGGACAAAAGUUCUCUUUGUUUUUGAUGAUGUAACAAAUUUAAAUCAAAUAAAUGAAUUAAUUGGAGACCUUGAAAACUUGGGUUCAGGAAGUCAAGUCAUUAUAACAACAAGAGAUAAACAAGUGCUUGUAAGUUGUAGAGUGGAUAAUGCUACCAUAUAUGAGGUCGAAGAAUUACAUAGUGAUGAGUCAUUUCGCCUUUUUAGCCGUCAUGCCUUCAAAGAAAACGAUCCUGUUGAUGAAGAUUAUAUGGCACUAUUAUAG